UGUUUGACCAUGUCAUCGAAGAGGAAAUCAGCUAAACCGGAGGCUGAUGUGAAGUCAAAGAAAAGUAAAAACAAAAGUAAAUGCCACAUUGACGUCAACAAAAUAUUCGAUGACGAGCAAGCUUUACAAAGAAUCAGAAACUUCGUUGUUUUUCAAGAGAGGCGGAAAAACAGUGACAAUUAUGACACUGGCGUUGUGCAGGCAUGUAAGAGCCCCUUCUUUCAUUGUGUAUUGUCCAAGCUUGUGCAGAAUGAAAACUUCGUAGAAAGCUUGAUGGAUGAAGUUCUUGACCUUAACUUUGUAGAAAAAAAUAAUGAUUUGUAUAAAUUUCAUCAGAGUACAGAAGAUUUAAAGACGACAAAGUUGCCAUAUAUAAGUGCACUCAGAGAAGUAAUAUAUAACGAUGUCCGUGAGUGGAUAAUGAAGGUCACUGGAAUAGAACUGACCACACAGGUGGACAUGUCCUGUGCCAUGUACAGGUAUACAGAUGUGUUGUCUUGUCAUGACGAUGAGUUAGAUGACAGACGCGUUGCUUUUAUAUACUAUCUAGUGCCACCAUCUUGGAAAGAGGAUGAUGGGGGUCGUCUCCAAAUGUUUUCUCUGGAUGAAAAUGGAGAACCUAAAGAAAUAGUAAAAAACUUGAUUCCUGUCCAGAACAGUUUUGUUUUCUUUGAAGUGACACCUGCAUCUUUUCAUCAGGUGGAGGAAAUUCUAACUGAGGACAAGACGAGGCUAUCAAUCAGUGGAUGGUUCCAUGGACCUCGAGUGGACAGACCUCCUCCAUAUGUUGAGACCCUCCCUGCCCCCUGUCUACCUAUUUCAAUAGAGGAAGAUGAAUUUUACUCCUGGAUAAAUCCACAGUAUUUGGAUACUGUUACCCAAGCCUCCAUUAAAGAGACUUUUGUGGAGGAGUCACAGAUAGAACUCAGCAACUUCUUACAGGAGAAUAAGUAUGAAGAGCUGGUCUCAUUGCUUUCAAGUAUUGACAAAAGUAAAUGGAGUAACAAAGGUCCUCCAAAUAAAAGGAAUUACCUGGUUGUUGACCAGAGUGAGGUGCCUGACCAUGUGAGGAAGUGUUUGAAUUUCAUCCAAUCAGAUGCCAUGUUUGUAUUGUUAUCGUCCCUGACUGGUCUGAAACUCCAUGAGCUGGCUGAAGUGUCAGAUUCAGAAGGAGAUGAAGAAGAAAAUCAGAAGCAAAGAGGAGAUACACCAUGUUGUCACUGUGAGGUGAGGAAAUGGCAGCAUGGAAGCUACACUCUGGUUCAUGACACAGACACUGAAACAAAGCUCUGUGCCCUGGAUGCUGUUUUAUAUAUUGGCUGUGAAGAUUGGCAACCUGAGUAUGGGGGAACAACUUCUUACAUCGCAAAAGGAGAAGAUGAAGAAUUGUUAUCAGUGUGUCCCAGCCCGAAUAGUUUAGCUCUGGUUUAUAGAGACACCGAGACACUCAAAUUCGUGAAGCACAUCAACGCUAGGGUCAAGGACACUCAACAUCAAGGUUUCAUGGACAUUACAUGUGUGUAUUAUGAAUAAAUUGUACCAUUUUAUCAUCAA